GAACUGCUUGACAGUAGGCAACAUUGGACAUUUGCUCCUGAUGUCACUCUGCAGGUGGAGCCGGAUACAGUAAACAAAGCAAAGAAAAAGACAAUCGCCGGAGUCCUGUCAGCAGACGUGUUGGGACAAUCCUGGUGCACCCUGUCGCAAAAACAAAAGUAGUGCGGAAAUGUCUCCGAUAAAAGAGUUAAGUCUGACUUAUGAAGCUCUUAACGCAGCGGGCACUUUUUCCGAAGGAGACAUUCUGACAGGCACAGUGUCUGUGACUUUGUCAAAAGAAGUCAAAGUGAAGAAGCUUUUCGUGAAAGCGAAAGGGGAUGCGAACGUGAGAUGGACAGAGGGAUCCGGAGAUAACGAAAGAUCGUACAGUGCGCACAGGAGAUACUUCAAAGUUAAAGAAUGGCUGGUCGCAGAAAAUGGCAAGGGCACUGUACUCCCCCAAGGCGUCCACCUCUUCAAGUUCAAGCUUCAAAUCCCACAGGGGGACAUGCCAUCAUCCUUUGUGGGGCUUCAUGGAAGAAUUGUCUACAUGCUUGAAGCUAAGCUCUGCAGAGGCUGGCGAUUUCCUUCUAAAGUACACAAAGUGAUCAAUUUUGUUUCAAGGUCCUUACAACAAUCUGAACGAGUAAUGUGUCAACAGCAUGGUUCAGUGAGCAAAGAGGUGGGAGUUUUUUCUAAAAAAGCAGUCGAAAUGUCUGCUACCAUGGACAGAAAGUUUUGCUCUCCAGGCGACACCUUGUCUGUUGUUGCCAAAAUCCACAACUCCUCCUCCAAAAAAGUGACGCCCAAAUUCAGUUUACAGCAGAAAACAGUGUACCGCGCCAGUGGCUCCACAAAUACUUGUGACAAAAGUCUGCUCAAAAUGUCUGGGAACCCUAUCCCACCCUGCUCAGAGGAAACUGUCUCCUGCCAGCUGAAGAUUCCUGCUGAUGCCAGUUACUCUCUCCAAAAUUGUGAGAUUGUCUCAGUCAGCUAUUACCUCAAGGUGUAUUUGGACAUCAGCUUUGCCUUUGACCCAGAGGUGGUGUUUCCACUGAUCAUCCUUCCUUCCAGCUUUGCUAACUUUCAGGUUGGUGGGGCUGUGGGGCCUUACCCAGUCGAGGUUUUUGGUUGCCCAAGUUACAGCGACUUCCCUCCCCCUGCUUUCCCCGUUGGACCUUAUCCCGUACCAGCAGGUUCAGGUGCCUACGGAUGCCCAGCACAAUUUCCCAUACAACAUCCUAACAUAACAUGUGGCUUCAAUUAUCAGUGGCCACAACAGACCGCUCCAUACAAUUUGCCACCUGCAUCUUUCUCAUCAUCUUCAAUGCAGCAACCAGCCCCAACUGUUCCACCUCUGUUUCCACAAGGAGAAGGACCUCCGUCAUAUAUGGCUCCUUUCCCCCCUUCUCAUAACACUCAUAAAAGCUGAGUUUCAAAAAGAACAAAAAUGAUGAAGAAAAAUGAUGAGGGCAUUUAAGCUAUUUAUGCACUGAAGCCUUUACUGUUAACAAAUAUGAAGCUGUAGUCUAUCAUAUAAAACAUCCUUCACAGUUACGCUUUAUAUGAAAGAAUAUUUUAUACGUAAAAUGAGUGUGUGUAUGUGUGUGUUUUCCAAUGUAAGACCAACAUUCCCUGUCUGGGGAACAUUGUUAUGUUAAGUUUAGUAAAAGCUUUUAGGGCCCUGGCUGUAUUUCCUAACUUCUGUUCUAGUUUGUUCCUGUAUUCGUGACAGUGAGCACCCUGUUCCUUUCAGAAUGUCUGUGGCUGAUUGGCUCCCUUGCAACAUCCUGCGUUCUUAAAAUGCCCCAGUUCUGAGAAGUCAGGGGGCAGCUUUCUGACAGCAGCCCCUGGUUGUGUCCUUGACCUCCAAACCUUCUAUUUUUAUGUAGUGACUUUGUGUAUUACAUGUAAGAUUGUUGGGCCUUGUGACCUUAUUGUUAUGAGGAGUUUUGAAAAUUCUGUAAACUGAAUAGUAAUUUAUCUUUUUAUAAAUAGCUCUGAAGUUGUAGGGAUGAACUGCCAUUUUGUCAUUCACUGAUUUCUUAGGUUCAGAAAAUGCCCUUUGUUGGUUUGUUUGACCUAGGGAUUAGUCAGAAUUCUUUGAGGGGGUGGGCUCUUUAGUUUUUUUGUGUGCCUUAGUUCACCCUGAGAUAUAUUACCUCACCAUAUUGUCAUCACUCCAACUUUUGUAAUAUUACUUCAUUUUAACUGCAAUUUAGUAUUCAUGCUUUGGUAUGUUUUGAAAGAAAACAGAUUUUUACUUGGCUCCUUACUUUUAAUAAAGAUGUUUAUUGAUUGAUUCAUA